AUGGGAACUGACGACAGCAUGAGCGACGAUGUGUUCGAAGACGAGUUGCGUGCGCCGACCCUACGGACCACGCCCUCACCCACUGGCUACAGAGACUACCGGCCUGUCGAUUCACCUGCGCGCGCGCCUCACGACGAUGACAUUCCCAUACAUAAGACAAUCUUGCUCGGUGACAGCGGUGUCGGCAAAACCUCUCUGCUCGUUCAGUUUGAAACUGGUAAAUUUCAACCUGGGAAUUUCUCAGCGACCGUCGGUAUUGGAUUUACGCCGAGUUUCAUAGCUCAAUGCCGUUGCCCGAGCGACGCGGGGCGGGGUGCCCUAGUCGGGACUCAGGAGCUGUCUAGGAUUUACGAGCAGUUGCCAAAGAGCUACGGGACGCGCUGA